GAAAAGGAGAAGAGUCGUGCGCACGGGAUCAGCAGCUUCCCCCAGAAAACCCAACGCAAGAAGUUUUGCCUUCGCCAAUGGUGACGAGCUCGUGAACAUGAUCAUCGACCUUCUCCCUUCCACGUUCGAAUUCGCCUACCCGACGUUGAAGUCCUUCGCGAAUCCCUCUCGCUCCGAAAUCCGCGCGGUCCCAAUUCCCCGACCUCUCUCUCGCCCUUCGCCUCCGCCUCCGCCGAUUCGUUCUCCGACCGCCGGGCGAUUCUCGAGGAAACCAUGAAUCCCCCCGCGAACUCGAGCGCGAGCCCCCUGGUGUCGCCGACGUCGUCGCAGUCGCUCACCAAGACCGUGAACGGUUCCCACAAGUUCACGAUUCAGGGGUACUCGCUCGCCAAGGGCAUGGGUGUGGGUAAGCACAUUGCGAGCGAGAACUUCACCGUCGGGGGCUACCAGUGGGCGAUUUACUUCUACCCGGACGGCAAGAACCCGGAGGACAGCUCGGCUUACGUGUCGGUGUUCAUCGCGCUCGCUAGCGAGGGCACCGACGUCCGAGCUCUGUUCGAGCUCAAGCUCCUGGACCAGAGUGGCCGAGGCAAGCACAAGGUCCACAGCCAUUUCGAUCGGUCGCUCGAGGGCGGGCCCUACACGCUCAAGUACAGGGGGAGUAUGUGGGGUUAUAAGCGUUUCUUCAGACGGGCCAUGCUUGAAACAUCAGAAUUUCUUAAAGAUGACUGUCUGAAGAUCAAUUGCACAGUGGGUGUUGUGGUCUCAGAAAUAGACUGUCCAAGGUUACAUUCUAUACAAGUUCCUGAGUCUGAUAUUGGUGCACACUUUGGCUUCUUGCUGGAUAAUGAAGAAGGCUCUGAUGUUACCUUUAAUGUGUCUGGGGAAAAGUUUCGUGCUCAUAAGCUGGUAUUAGCUGCUCGAUCUCCUGUAUUUGAGGCGGAAUUCCUGAAUGUGAUGGAGGAAGACAAUGAUGAAGUAUUUAUAAGUGAUAUGGAACCUAAAGUCUUCCAGGCUUUGCUACAUUUCAUCUACAAAGACACUCUAGAUGAAGACGAGGAGCUUUCAAUACCAAGUGCAUUUUGCAGUCCAUCAGAAAUGCCGGUGGCAAAGCUUCUAGCUGCUGCAGACAGAUACAAUUUGCCUCGAUUGAAACUGAUUUCUGAGUCCAUCCUCUGUCAGGGUAUAUCUGUGGAUUCUGUUGCCAGGAUCUUGGCCCUUGCUGAGCAGCAUCAUGCCAUGGAUCUGAAAUCUAUUUGUUUGAAAUUUGCUGCUGAAAACCUCGUAGCUGUUAUGCGCUCGGAUGGCUUCGAGUAUCUUAAAGAGAACUGCCCAUCUCUACAGUCAGAGCUCCUAAAGACAGUUGCAGGAUGUGAAGAGCAAGUCAGCGGAGGGGGAAAUCGAAGUGUUUUUGCCCAAUUUUCUGAUGGCAAUGAAACAAAUGACAGGAGUAUUAGGCAACGAGACUGGGAUAAUUUGGGCGUGAGAACUCAGAGCUUGUGGAUGCCUCUCUCCGACGGAGGAGAUGCAAGUGGUCCUAGCCCUGGCCAAGAAAGCUGAAUGGUAAAUAUGUUGCUUUGGAUGACCAAUUAACAUUUUCGUUUGCUGCCAGAUCAAGAAUGUGAAAGAAAAGGACUACAUUGAAGAAACAAAAGAGUGGGGGGAGAUUUUUCCCUCGUCUUCUUUUUGUUUGUCAAAUCAUUCAUGUCUCUCAUAGAUUUGGGUUCUGUAGAUUACUCCUGGAUUUCUUGAAUGUCAAAACAGCAGAGAAACUUGUCUGCCUUCAGUGUCUCGUUAUUCGACUUAUAUUCAGCUGAUCUGACUUAGCUCAAGCUGAUGAGCUGUUAUCUGUAUUCCUGGGAAUGCUGGUUAAAUAAUAGGGUGAUUUCAGCA